AUGCUCAGCCGAUUGAAUCUAUUGACCCGCCACUUACCACGGCCAUUUACUCCUUCUCGUGCCACUGUUCCUGCCUACUCAACACCAUCUCUGGCCCCCCGCACUGGUCCCUUCGCUAUGACAUCAGCUGUGAAGCCCAUCCACACAGCAGCAUGCUUGAUCAUCGGAGAUGAGGUUCUCGGUGGAAAGACCAUCGAUACCAAUUCGCCGUACCUCGCCAAGUUCUGCUUCUCGCUCGGCAUCCAGCUGAAAAGAGUCGAGGUCAUCCCAGAUGACGAGGAAGAUAUUAUUGAAGCCGUGCGACGCAUGAGCGCUCGCUAUGACUUUGUCGUCACCAGCGGUGGCAUUGGGCCCACACACGACGAUAUAACCUACUCCUCCAUCGCCAAAGCCUUCAACCUAAAGCUACAACUGCACGAACCCGCCUUCGAGCGCAUGAAGCGCCUCUCCAAGCCCCACCCCAUGCAACCAAACUUCGACUGGAACACACCCUCCCCUGGCCUAACGGCCAAACUGCGCAUGGUCGAGCUCCCCUAUGACCCGAACGUCCCCGCCGAGUCGCAGGCCGUCUUCGUCGCCGACGACCUGUGGGUGCCAAUCGCAGUGGUGAACGGCAACGUGCAUAUCCUGCCCGGCGUGCCGCGGCUCUUCGAACGUCUGCUCUCGAACCUCAAGCCAUCUCUGAUCCCCCGUCUGGCGGACCCGGAGGGUAAGGGGACGUUCCGGAUGAUGUUCAGCACGCCGCUGCCGGAGAGUGCUGUUGCGCCGUAUUUGACUGAGUUGGCGGCUAGGGUGGAGCCUCGCGGUAUCAAGGUUGGCAGCUACCCGCGCUGGGGUAAGAAGCGGAAUACUGUUACCUUGGUGGGUGUUGAUAAGGCUUUGAUGGAGUCGUUGGUUAGUGAAGUCGAGGAGAAUGUUCAGGGUAAGCUGGUUACCAAGGAGGAGGAGUUGGAUCCUCCGUCUGACACGGAGCAUGUCUAUAGCCAGUAG